AUGGAAGCCCCCGGCCCGCCCCCGGGUCGCGGUGCCCUGGGCCGGGCCGGGCAUCGCCCUCGCGCUCGGGACCGGGCCUCUGACGCCGACUACUAUCCCCAGGGGCUCUGGGACACGGCGUUCCUGCUCGUCCUGCUGCUGCUGGGGCUCCCGGCCAACGGGCUCAUGGCGUGGCUCACGGGGGUCCGGGUCCGGCGCGGGGGGGCCCCCCGUCUCUUGCUCAGCCUGGCCCUCUCCGACGCCCUCUCCCUGGCCGCCGCCGCCUUCCAGAUCGUGGAGAUCCAGCUGCGGGGCCACUGGCCGCUGGGCACGGCCGCCUGCCGCCUCUACUACUUCCUGGGCGCCGCGGCCUACGCCUCGGGCCUCCUGCUGCUGACCGCCCUGAGCCUGGACCGAUGCCUCCAGGCGUUCUGGCCCCGCUGGUACCCCGCCCGGCGGCCGGCCCGCCUGCCUCAGUGGGCCUGCGCCGGGGCCUGGGUGCUGGCCGCCGUGGGCAGCGGGCCCUGGCUGGUCCUGCCCGAGGCCGGGCCGUGGUGGUACGAGCUGGUCGUCUGCCUGGACGUGUGGGAGGCCGACGAGAGGCCGCUGCGGGCGCUGGAGGUGCUGGGCGGCCUGGUGCCCUUCCUGCUCCUUUUUGGCUCCCACGUGCUCACUCAGGCCCGCGCCUGCCGCCGGCCCCCGGCCCCGCCGGGCCCGCCCGGCUCCUGGAGGGUAGCGGCCACCGCCCUCUCCGCCUACGUGGUCCUGCGGCUGCCCUACCAGCUGGCUCAGCUGCUCUACCUGGCCUACUUGUGGGACGUCUACCCGGGCUACUAUCUGUGGGAGGCCCUGGUCUACUCGGACUACCUGGGCCUCCUCAACAGCUGCCUCAAUCCCUUCCUGUGCCUCCUGGCCGGUUCGGAUCCCGGCCCGCUCCUGCGCUCCCUGCUCUCGGCCUUCGCCGCCACCCUGGCCGACCCGCGGCCCCCGGCCGCCGGGCCCGCGGUCCCGUCCCCUGGUCCUCCCGGGGACCCGGCGGCUAAUCCCGGGGGGGGGGCCCCGGUCGGAGGACGGGGAGGAGGGUCCUCGGGACCGCUCGUCACGGGGGGCUGCCGAUCAGGGGCCUCCUUGACGGGGAGCCGGGGGACGAGGAAGCGGAACGGCAACCUCACCCUGACAUCCCUCACCGCUCCCCGGGCCCUGACCCCCGAAAUAUCCCCUCAGUGA